AUGAGCGCAAGCAAUCCUGGCUUUGCUCACCAGAGUUCAUCGCAUCCCAGUUUACAGGACGUGUCGACAAUGUCACUCCAACACUCUGCAGCCUUUGCACAGGUCCCUACCGCUCACAACCCCUUUUACGCUUCUUCUCACGCUUCAGCGUCUUCCUCUUCGCUUGCAGAUCAACUCAGCGAUCACGAAUCUUACUCGAGCUCCUUCGAGCCGCAAAGAGACGCCAGCUUCAGCACGACCUCCUCGAGCCGUUCAGGCCCAGGUCCUUCCUCUUCUUCUCAGGGCUUUCCUUGCCCCAACUGCGGCAAGGUCUUUGCACGCGAUGACUUGCUUCGCCGCCAUCUCGCAAGAGAAGCCAGAGCGCUUGCUCAGCCCUCCUUCGACCGACAAAAGAGCUGCUACGAGUGUGCCAGAUCCAAGGCAAGAUGCGAUCUCGAGGUCCCUUCCUGUGGUCGAUGCCGUGCCCGAGGAAAACAAUGCGUCUACGCCCCUCGAUCUGGUAAUCCUAACGUCCGCAAGGCAAGAACCGCUGCAGUUAUGUCUGCUAUGGAUGCUCAGAUGCACUCCAUGACGCCUCAGAUGCACCCUGCUAUCCCAUCAGGAGCAGCCAUGGGAUCCACCAUGCCCAACGCCAACUGGGCGAUGCAAACUCCCGCUUUCGACAUGUCCUCCAACUCUUUUAUGACUCUCAAUCCAGCCUACGUCAAGAGAGAAACAGAAUUCCACUAUGAUAGCCAAAGUGACAGCGAGCCUCAUUCAUGGCAUGAUCCAGCAUCCUCUGCUUCCGGCUCAGCUUUUGGGUCGCCUCGUUCGCAGCACAGCAUCGUGGAACAACCUGAAUCGGUGCCUCCCAACCUUGCCAGCUUCUCCAUCUCUGGUCAGCCAUACCCCUCCAUCGCUCCACCCAUCCGCACUGAGUCGCCUCACUCUUCCCACGACCUCACCCUCGACUCGGAUGCUGCUCCUGGUCCGCAGCACAUUAACUCGAGAAAGUCGAGCGGAUUCUCACGUACCAACACCGGACCUAUUGUGACCAAUAUCAACCGAUCCGACGUCACUUUUGCCAACGAGGAGGGCGAGGAAACGCCAAUCGUACGUCUCAACAACCACAACAUCAAUCACGCUCGAUCCGAUCCUUCUAAGUUGCAGGCUACCGUCAACAACCACUAUCUCGCAGCGCCCUCGAGCCGUCACAGGACUACCAGCCUCCCUGAAGUACCAGACAACACGAUACCGGAAGACAGCGUCAUGCAGGAGCCCUGGAAUGCUCGUACUGCCAUGAGCAACACCACUUUCCAGCCACAAAACGCUCGUCAAAUGCAACAGCAAGCUUCUGCUGCAACAGCCAAUGCGAUGAUGCCGCCCCCACGACCUCCUACACUGAUCACCUCCAAUUUGAACAACCGCAACGCAUGGCCCAACCCUUCGCCUCUGCGAUCCGGUGUCUUCCAGCACGGUAUCGACCUUUCCGGUUGGCUUGCAGAGCCAGUGGUGCCAUCUCCUCUUUACAGGAUGGGGCCUAGCUUGCACUCAGCCAUCAGCGGCAACUUUGCAGCCAUCUCGCACUCUCCUGUGGCUGAGAAACCUAUUUCGGCCAAGUUUGCAGCAUCACUCGCUCAGACUAUGGGUCUCUCGAACAAUCCAGGCUUCUUCCCAACAUUUCAGGAGCCAUCCACCCAAGGCGCAGGUAACUCGAAUUUGUCGAACAACGCAUCCAGUCAUCCGCUCAGUCGCUCUCUGUCCGAUGCUCAGACACGGCCCCAAUCAAGAUAUGACUGCAAUGGCCAGCUGGUCGUACCGGCUCCGCAGUUGCCCAACGCCAAGCAGUGGUGGAUUCAACCUGACCAGAACGGCGAGGUGACGGCCUCCAUCGCUCAGGCCAGUGCUGCCCACUUUGUCUCCUACCCUGCUUUGAUGGUUCUCACUGAUCCCACAGCUCCUAUCCCACCCUUCAUCCACCGCAAGUGGCUGCAAGAGAACCGCGCUAGAGUGCCUGAAUGUCUGGCUAGUGCUCGUUCCAUUCUUGCUGGAUACUACGUCCGUUUGCCCGCAAGUCAGAGCUUUGUCUGGAAGCUGAUCUCGGAACAAAUCAGACUACUUGUCUCUUCGCAAGCCGAACUUGGCAAGCGCGACUGCGAUGCAGUAGUCGUCUUUGGCACUGUCGCUUCCCUGUGGAUGUACCUCGUCCUCAUUGUCUUUACGGAUGAGCCAGCGAUUACGGACCAUGUCGAUGCUUCUCUUCUCGACCAGGCACUCUUGGUCUUAUCUGAGUUAUCUCAGAUGCUUCUGAACCAUACCGUCGCAGCAUGCAAGUCAGCUUCGGAAUUGACUUCACACAGUUACGCCAUGUUCGGAUGGAUUGAAACUAUGGUUCGAACCUUGUUUGCCUCCUACUCGCUUCUGAUCCUUCAGCGUUUUCGUGAAAACGCCGGAAACACAGGCGAGCGAUUGGCCGGUUGCUCACUUAUUCUCGACCUUCCCCUCCCUGCAGGCGCUAGCGAGUUCGAAGCGGAUAACGAAGCCGACUGGUUGCAAGCUCGUCAGGCCAACCAAAACGCUCUCAUCGAGGCAGGUAUACCGUUCAAACAACCCACUCUGCGUCAACUUGUUCAGUUUCGCAAGAAAUCUUUCGCAGCUGCUGUAUCACAGUCAGACGAAACAAAGGCUAAACUUGAACACCUGCCUUGGGCUUGCACUUUGUUCGAUAACGAGGACGAAUUUACAAAUGUCGUGCUUUCGGUUGCUUUCGCUCUUGAUGAUAUGCCUAUCUAA